AGAAUCUACAUGCCGCCUAAAAAUGAAGCUAUUCAUCCUUUUAGUAAUACUGAACAGUAAGUUGUUGAUCAAAAACAAAAUAACUAAAUACGUGUUUCUCAAAAUUACUAGUUCAGAUUUACUUCCAAUGUUAAACCAAAACGCAAUAUUGUAGAAUACGCAAACAUUUUUAUAUUUGAAACAUUUAAAAUAAAUAAAUAAUAAAACAAUUUAUGUUUAACCCCCCCCCCCACACACACACUUUAAAAAAAAAAAAAAAAAAAAAAAAAAAAAAUUUAAAAAAAAUAAAUAAUAAAAAAAUUUAUUUUUAACCCCCCCCCCACACACACACUUUAAAAAAAAAAAAAAAAAAAAGACCAUUAAUGGGACGUUUUGUCGAGAUACUUUCUUUGGAAGAAAAUGCAAUACAAUAAUUAACGGAUAUUUUUACAUUAAAUAAUAAAAAGUUAUGUUUCCGAUGGUACAGUUGAGAAUAUGAAGUGAUUUAACUUAUUGUUAAAUACGUAGGCUGAGUUGCCAAAAGGGCAAACGUGCUUUCCAUAUUAUUGUGUGGUACAUAACAUGAGGUUAAAAGAAAAGUAUUAUUGUUAAUGUAAAAUUUAAAAAAAGAAAGAAUAUAAAUGAAGGCAUAUUAAGGAUCACCAAUAAAUAAGAAUGUGAUUUAUUUCAUAUGGUGAUAUUAUGGCAAAAAGCUGAAUACAUAUGUUUUCAUUUUUCACUAUCAAUUUUGUAAUGAUGCAAAAAUGAAGCCAAGACUCACACAUCUGAAAUGCACCUGUGUAUUUAUCUCUGUUCAAAUGGGAUGAGAGGCUUUUUAUGUUCUAUAUUCAAAAGCUGUUAACUGAAUCUUUCAGAUAGUAGUAUUCCCUUCUCAAAUAUAAAACAGCCACGGUAUCUUCGGAAAACAACAGUAUAGAUCCCAUUUAGCAUAACACACAUGAAGCCCUCGUUGAUGGUAAAGGUUUAUUUAGCUAAGCCAGUGUGUUUAGUUUCCAGACUACAGAGAAAACUCUGAAAAAGAGUUCCUGAACAUGGUUUGGUCCCAACGAGAGAGGUUAGCUCAAAUGCAAAUGUUAACAAUAUAUUUGUAUCACUUCCGGAGACAAUAAGUAGAGGGUAUGAGCAUACAAUCUGUAGUGUCAGGGUCAGACAAAUAUUUUACACUAAAGAAAAAUACAUUACAUUUUUUUUUUCAUCAAAGUCAUAAGACGUCAUAGAGCUGUUUUUUAGAAGUGUUUAGAAAAUAUUCUAUCUACUGAGGAAAUUAAUACGUAUUUUCCCCCUUACGUAAUUGGUCGUUAAGAGGGCACGAGUUUAAACAAACAACGGGGAUAAUAAUUCCGAAAAUUUAUUCAUAAGACAGCACCAAAUAACACUGGUGUGCUGUAUUAUUAAGACAUUUGGCCUUUCUGGUAGCGUAAUUUCUAAACUUAAGAAUAAGACUGGUCAGUCAGUGAAUAUUUCGAUGAUGGAGAAUCCAACACGUGUUCCACACCACAUUGUUCAUUCCGCCCUACGAUGAAUUCUACGAUAAUCUUUGAAAGUGUACAUCAGCGAUAUAUCUUAAAACAAAAGUGGAUUUCAUACCGGAUUAAUAUUGAACAACGCUUGACAGAACUGGAUGUACGAACAUGGAUGAUGCAUUGUAGAUUAUUUUGUGCAAAAUGUUUAAAGGAUCCAUACCUUUUUAAGAAUAUUUGGUUCUUGAACGCAAGUUACAUGUGCUUGGAUGGCUCAAUUAAUCACCAGCCAACUCGCUUCCUUGGAUUAUAGCGUCUCGAUAGUAUUGUCCAGAAACCCCUUAACAGUGCACGAGAGGAAAUGCUGUGUCCCUUCAAUAAAUGGUAUAAUAUGCCGCUAUUGUAUUGAGGAUGGGAAGAUCAAUGCUCUUACCAUCAACCAAGAGUGCCACACGGGCACAGUGAUCAAGCAAUUUCUUUAGGAAUUUGAGAAGGUUAUGUCGCGCAAAGAACCGUUGACAUGGAUAGAGAAGGUAAUCGUCCGGACGGAGUGACCAGCGUUACAUCUCGAGACUCUAUCGCCAUACUGCAUAAAAACUUUCCUCGACGCAUCAUUUCACGUUGUACCAAUUUAGCAUACCCGUGUCACUAACCCUGAUCUUACGCCAUCUGAUGUCUACUAGUGUGGAAUGUUAAAGAAGAGUGUGUUCCACUGUCGAGAUGCUCCAUGAAUACAGUCAGCUUUACCCAAGAAAAGAGUCUACUUUUACAGGAGUCUGCAGCAACCAUUAUUCAGUAUAUGUUUUAAAAUCUACUUUUACAGCGAGCAGAUGUACAAUGUGAACAUUUAUGUUUCGCAUUUUGUGGUACAUCAUCACGCCAAUGUCUUUGUAUUUAAGGAUAAUACAUUUCCAGAUGCCAUAAAAAAAAAGUUUUUUUCUUUUUUUUUCUGUACUGUUAAAUUUUGUAAAUGCUUUGUAAAUAAAAUAAAAAAACUAAUUUAAAGAUUUAAUCAACAAAUAGGGACGCUCCCAAAACUAUUAUAAUAUAAUUUAUUAAACUAAUAAAUAAGAAUAUUACUAUCAACAUACUAAUGACUUAAAAUACGUUAGCAGUAUAGUUGUUUUAUUACAUAAGAAGUAUCAUAAACAGAUGAAGAAUAUUUUUUUUUUAAAUAGACAUAAUAUUAUUUCAAUCUAAAGGCACAACCUUUUAAAAAUAUCGUAGAAGAGGCAUGGUUAUUCAACGGGAAUUACUGUAAAUCAAUCAGUUUGGUAAAUUUUUUAUUAUUUAUCAUGUUUUAACUACGCUCAGACUGUAGUCAAACUAGUCACAAACUACUCUACGAAAAAAAUAUUAUGAACUGCACUAAAAUCAAAAUAUGUUAGACAAUCAAAUCAAGUGUGCUUUCAAUUUAAAAUAGAUUGUGUAAUUUUUAACACAUGAUUUACCAAACAUUUAAUUAUAUGAAUUAACGUAUGUAUAAUUUAUUAGUUGAUUAUCAUUUGUUUUUUAAAUUAGCAGAUUUCUCUUUUGGCCAAGAAAUAAAAAUGUUUGAGGUACGACAAGAAGACAGCAACACUAAAUGCACUUCUGGUUUACUAAGCAAUAUUGACCGGCUAUCCUUUAAUACAACGGUUAAAUUCAGAAAUGAGUUAAAGAAUAACUCAAUUGUGAGAUUUGAAAUUAGACCAAACACCAGCAACGAAUACAAACUCGUAAGUUGUUUUAUAUUGAAUAUAUUGAUAGAAAGUUGGUAAGAUAAUGCAUGUGUGCCCAUUUUAUCUUAGCUUAUUUAAAUUACUUAAAAGUUGCCACACUAAAACUUGUAAAACAGACCUUGGAUCUAAAAUGUAAUGUUUAAAAAAAAAUUAACUAAGCAAUUACAAUUAGAAGUACAAUUAUACUAUUUUAAACAAUCUUGUAUAAGUAUUGUAAAUUCAUUCCGCAGUUAUUUUCUGUAGACGUCAAGUCAGAAUGUACAGAAAAUAAAAAGACAGGAAACUAUUAUCACUGUUCAAACAUUUCUGAUAACGCCUUUAACAUAUCAAUUAUAUCAGAAGUUUUCCCACAAUUUAGUGAGGCUUAUAUCAGAGGGGUCAUAAAACAUUAUAAUCAAACUGAAAUGGCUAGUGAUCAACUGAAAUUACCUAAAAUAGUUGGUAAGUAAUCGUGUAUUGUGCUACUUUUCUUCUAUUUCAUGAUGGAUAAAGUUUAUUUAAAUUUAAAAAAAAAUAAAAAAAUUAACAUUAUUUUAAAAGUUUACAAAUACAAGACAUCAUGACGACAAUGAUAAAUCAAUGCAUAUUUUAAAUAUCUAAACUAUGGGCAAUUUUUUCCUUUUUUGAAAAUGUAUUGUCUAUAAUUAAGAUAACAGGUCUUACUGUUCUUUGAAACACAUUUCAUGUAAACCCAACCUCGAUUAGUACUAUUAAUUAAGUACCACUUUAUAUACGCCAAUAAUGGCAUAAUUGAAUCAGACAUGAACAUGGCCAAAAGCCUUCUUGUUUUGUUAAUACAAAUUUAACUUACAGCGUUUUGUAUUAAUCACUUCUUUUGAUGUUACUUUUAUUCCAGAACCAACAGAUGUCAAAGGAAAAUUGACAGUCAAUGGGAAAAAUGUUACCGAUAAAACUAAUUGUAGUUUUAUUAUUGAUGAUGUUGAUUUAAGAAUAGAAUAUGUUUGUAUGGGGCAAGCAUCCCCUUGUUUAGUAGAAAUAUCAUCCAACGAUUCAACCAAGGUAGAAGCAGGUGCAAACCGAGC